AUCUGCUGAUUAAGAUAUUAAAAAUUAUUCCGAAACAUUUAUUGUACAAUCAACGCGUACCUGUUCCCCAAAGAGUGGGAAAACGUUGGAAAAACCAUGGAAAAAGUAACAAAUCCUAACAACCCUGUUGUUUUCUUUGACGUUUCAAUCGGAAACACGGAAGUUGGAAGGAUAAAAUUCGAAUUAUUUGCUGAUGUGGUUCCAAAGACAGCAGAGAAUUUCAGGCAAUUUUGCACAGGAGAAUACAGAAAGGAUGGGGUCCCAAUGGGAUUUAAAGCUUGUACCUUUCACAGGGUGAUCAAAGAUUUCAUGGUACAAGGAGGAGACUUUAUGAAGGGAGACGGCACUGGUGUUUGUAGUAUAUAUGGAGGAGGGCCUUUUGCAGAUGAAAAUUUCAAAUUGAAACACACUGGCCCAGGAAUGCUUUCAAUGGCAAACAGUGGCAGGGACACAAAUGGAUGUCAGUUCUUCAUCACGUGUGCUGCGUGUGAUUUUCUGGACAACAAGCAUGUCGUGUUUGGUAAAGUGAUUGAUGGACUUUUGGUUUUAAGAAAAAUUGAGAACGUUCCAACCGGGCCAAACAACAAGCCAAAAAUAGCAGUUGUUAUAACACAGUGUGGGGAAAUGUGAAACGAUACGAAUAAGGGAGAGAAUCCAUCACACUGGAGAAAUGUGUACUGAUGAAGUACCGGUACACACAGAUAUUUGUACAAAAAAGUGACUAGGAGUUUAAUUGAAAUGUAUGACAAGUUGCUCAGCAAUCAGCAAUUAACUGGAAACAUGAAAUGUUAUCAAAGGUACCUUGCAACUCUGAUGCUGUGGUUUUUAUAAAAAACAGACUGCAUGUCAGGGGUCGAAAAUCUGAGUUUUGACAGUAAUUGCAGAUUUCAUAUGGUGCCACUUUGUGUUCGAUCUAUACACAAAUGUUUUAGCAAGGAACUUUACAUGUACAUGUAUAUCAAAAAAUAAAGAAAAGUGAAAAAAUGGAAA